AGCUGAUUUUCGGCUCCUGGCCCCGAUCCUCUCAAUUGACCUGAACCGGCGACUGAGCGGCGUAAUUUUCGGCUAUAUCUGUGUGGCACCGGUGCACGGCUCUUCAAGCGACUGACGGGGAAUGGCAGUGUCUUCGUGAAGGCGGAAAUCGAGAACCGGGACACCGUGAUCGAAAUUGUUUCGGCUGGGAGAGCUCUUCCAACAUUCGAAAUGACAGAGGCGAAAUCCGCAGAAAACAGAAAGCUCCUCGACGCUCUCCUGGAGAAAACGCCGCUGCUCAAGUAUCAACAGGAAGCUCUGACAGACAUUGUCGACAGAGAUGCUCUACUAAUAACUGCUCGAGGACUCGGGCUACACUCGAUUUUCCAUGCUUUGAUCAGGGUAUACCAUGCACCGGAGAACUUGGUGAUCAUUCUCGGGACGGAGCCUGAUCAAGAGGUGUACAUAAAGGCCCGUCUCGAGAAAGGCGGCAUGAAAAAUAUGCCCAAAUGGAUCACCUCUGAUGCCUUCGACACUAACGCUCGCACGAAGCUCUACAAGGAAGGUGGAGUGCUUUUCGUCACGUCACGAAUCUUGAUCGGUGACCUCCUGAACGAGAGAAUACCCAUUGAGCACGUCACGGGUUUCAUAGUCAAUAAUGCCGAAACAGUUCAGAAUUCGCAGCAAGAUCUUUUCAUCCUACGGCUCUAUCGCGACAAGAAUCGGACCGGUUUCGUCAAAGCCUUGUCUUCCAAGGCACCUGCAUUCACUCAAGAGUUCAUGCAACUCACUCGGGUGAUGUCGCGUUUAUACGUCAGACAUCUUAUCCUGUACCCAAGAUUCCACGAGUCGGUGAAGGAGAGCCUGAAUGAGUCACUGGAAGUUUAUGAGACCUACGUCCCGUUGACACAAUCGAUGGAACAAAUACAAUUCGCACUGAUGGAUCUCAUAGAAAUCAGCAUCCGAGAUAUAAAAAAACUGAACCAAACGCUCAAUAUAGAUGAAUUCACGACGGCGAACGUGAUGGGGAAAUCUUUCUAUGCCACGAUGAAGACUUGCAUCGACCCGCAGUGGCACCUCCUUUCUGGGAAAACCCGUCGGAGCAUCGGUGAUUUGAAGAAUCUCAAGAAGCUCAUGGAAGCUCGACUCUCUCUGAGCGGAAUCGCUAAAUCUUCGUCUCUGCACAGCGGCCUCACGAAGUACGAUCCCGUCACUUUCUUUCAUUCGGUGAAGUCGGUAUGGCAUGCGAAGCAGGGGUGUCACCAGACUGCCGAUUGGACAUUGAUGGAUUCGGGCGAGAGUUUAUAUCUGGCUGCUGAGAAAAGGGUUUUCGCGAAGGUAGAAGGCACAAAGAAAGAUCGAGAGAAGGAGUUCAAGCCGGAGGUUCCGCCGAAAUGGAUAUCUCUGAUAGAGGUACUGAAGAACUGUGAUUCGAAAGGCAACAUUGUCAUCGUAGUCGAAGAGGAGAGAACGCGUCGUCAACUGGAGGAGUUCCUCUGCGUGGGCUCCUAUCGGGUCCUCCGCUCAGCGUUCCAGAAACUCCUCGCCGACGCAGAGGAGAACGUGGUCUUCCCCCGGGAUGAAAAGGACAACAAAAGUGACAGUAGUGUUGAAAGUGACAGCAGCAAACCGUCGUACACAAUCGUGUCCGUCACGACUUCGAAUCCGUUCGAGUUCGAAGAACUGCUCUUGCAGCAGAGACCCCUCAGCGUCGUUCUUUUCGAUCUCCAUUUGAGCACUGUGCGAACUCUCGAAAUAUACCACAACUUGAGCACGCAGAGCGGGGUUACUGUGUACACCAUCACCUACGCGAAGUCGGUUGACGAGCAGCGCUACUACACUUCCGUGAGGAAAGAGAAGGAAGCAUUCGCGAACCUAAUCCAAGAGAAAGCGGCUAUGGCUUCGAAAACUGACUGGGACGAGGAAAUCAACGUCGCUCGCGGCGAAAAUAGGGUUAUCGUGGACGUUCGGGAAUUCCGCAGCGAUCUCCCGGCUCUCGUCUACAGGAGGGGUAUCGAUCUAUGUCCGGGAACCUUGGAAGUCGGCGAUUACAUUUUGACACCCACCAUUUGCGUGGAGCGUAAAGCACUUCAAGAUCUCAUUGAUUCAUUGUGUUCCGGGAGACUGUACCGACAAUCAGAGCGGAUGAGUCUCCACUACGAGGUCCCCGUCGUCCUCAUAGAAUUCAGCAGCUUGGAAGCCUUCUCCUUCAAGAAUAAACUUCAGAGCGAGAUCAUAUCGAAGAAAACAGUACAACGGCUCAUCAUGCUCACUCUGACUUUCCCGAAGUUGCGUCUAUUGUGGUCUCCCAGUCCGCAUGCGACAGCUGAACUAUUUGAGUUGUUGAAGAAGGAUCGACCGCAACCCACGCUCGUUGAAGCUCUGAAAGUCACCGAGAGCGAAAUCAAGCGAGACGAUGGACUCCUGGAAAGAUUCAACACUCGAACAACGAGGUUCCUUGAAACCCUGCCGGGAGUCGGAGCUCACUGCAAGUACAAAAUCAUGCGUCGCUUCAGCAAUCUCAAGGAGCUCCUCACCGCCAGCGAGGAUGUUCUGCUAGACGUUUUGGAGUCUCGGGACAAUACGACUCUAUUCAUGCAGACAGUUCAAUUACCGUUCGAAAAGAGAGGCAAGAAGAGACCUCUUGAAUAG